UUUUCAAUUAAUACAAAAUUUACACAAAAGCGUUAAUAAGAUCAAUACUUUUUAGCUAUAUAAAGGUACGUUUUUCCAGAGAUAUAUUUAGAUUUUUAAAGAGAUUAUUCUUUCUCUGCUUCAAAUUACAAACGACAGUCAUGUUUUAGGCUUUUAAUAUUACAGUGACUCCGUAAAGCAAAGAAGAGUUCUUUUAUAAAUUUCUUAUAUAAAUAUCUUUUUAUCUCGAAGAUACAGUGUCGACAAGAGAUGUCGCUUUGAUCGGGAUCAAAGUCUGCUGCUUGGUGCACGCGAACCUUCCUUUAAUAAGGGACAGGCGAUAAGGGUAGCGCACUAUUGAGAAAGGGACAGCUCCGUUUAACAUGUCCGCUUUUUCUCACGUUUUCUCUCAUCCGAGAGAAGCACCGACGUCGCACUGAAGCACCGAAGAUCUAUUACGCUUAAUCAAGUAGAUUACGUAGAAUUAAUUAAGGAUCUUAUAGCGGCGCAGCUUCGGUGUCUGUUCCACCCCGCAAUUGCUCUCGGGUCAACGCGCGCCAACUACCCCAAAGGGCGACAAAUUACAAAUACUCUCCCUCCUUCUCAAGCCCGCUCUUUCCGAGGAAUUACAUUUAUAGAGAAUUAAUAGCGGCUUUUAUUGCGCAUCCUCGGCGAAGUAACCAGCGGAAUCGGCGAAAAAAGUCGAUCUGUGAUGACGACGCCGACGACGAGGAUGACGACGUCGUCCACCACGACGACGACAACGACGACGCACGCGCAAACGUGCCGUUUCCAUGGCGCCGUUGCUAUACGGUCGGUCAGGGUAAUGUUGGAUUAGACACUACGCCGUUUCUCCCUCAACCCUCCGGGUUUCACGUUCAGUACACCCUAAACCACCGUCGCGGUUAGAAGAUCUCCCGCGCCUUGACAUCCCGCACGUGCGUAUACUCGCACACGCAGCCAGCCACGGGCGCAUAUCCGGCGACACGUACGCAACGAUAUCCGGCUCACACGCACGCGACGCGUAACACGCACACGCACACACGUACGCAUACACACGCGCGCGCGCGAGCGCGUCGUACGCACGCACCCCCCGCGAAAUGCAUCCGAGCGGAAACGCGUGAUUGUUUAGCUUCUGUUCUUACGAUCCCUGCGCACCCCCUUGCUGCAGCUUGUUUGAUCAACAACCCCUACAACCACUUCCGCUCUUCCGGGAGAAUCGCCGGGGAGAUUUUUGCUCUUUUCAUUCAUAACGACGCGUUCAUUUACGUAUCGGUCGGCGUGCUGCUGCGUCUCGGUGAAACGUACCCCCUCCCCGAUAUAAUUCCAAUGUCAAUUUAUGUGCCACAGCUUUAAUUGUAUUAUCGUCCUCCAAUUGCUCCCCACGCGUACAAAGUCACGCUCUCACGCACGCAUCCAGCCGGACCGUGUGUUUUUGUGUUCUUUGUGCAAAGGGGCAAAACUCCGGCGCAUCACCACCACCACCAUCACCACCACCUCCACCACUACCGGCGCGGCGUGAACCUCAAAAUCCAGACUGCGUGCACGUCGUCGUAAUCGAGCACGGUGUCGUGGGACGAAAGUGGCGGGUGGUGUGUUUACUGUGCGGUGGCGGUGAGGGUAUUAUCCUGACGGAAGCAAAACUGGUCAGGUCAGUAACACGGGAUGCGACUAAAGCCCUGUCUCGCAACCUCCUAUCUCCUGUUACUCUCGAUCGUUUCCAUCUACAUCGCCCCGGCACUCAGUUCUGAUACACUUCAUUACAAGCGUUCGAGGCAUCGUUACUUCACGGCGGACAGCGAUGAUGGGGUAUCAGCGAACACAGAAGGGGCCUUGUCCGCAGCACCAACCCCGGUGGCCGAUGUAACCGUGGAGUCGGCGAACUGGCACGCCCGCAAGAACCGCGGCAAUCCGUGCCUGGAGAAGUAUUGCGGCGCGGGGCGGGAGUGCCAGGUUUCCGGCGCGGAUGACGAGGAAAUCGUCGCCGUGUGCGUCUGCGUUCGCAGAUGUGCACGAAGGCAUCGACCGAUCUGCGCGAGCAACGGCAAGGUGUACGCCAAUCAUUGCGAGCUGCACCGCGCGUCCUGCAACGCCGGCACGUCCUUGACCACGCGGAGGCUCUCCAGAUGUCUGGUGAACAAUGGUAAUUACAGCGCACAGGCACGGAAGGAUUUCUUCGCGCUCCAUGCCUCAACCAAAGGCAAGAACGCCUUGCACACCAAGUUCAGGAGUAAGAUGAAGCAUCAUCCGGCGAGCAAAUCGGAUGCGCGAAAAAGCGAUCACGGUAUCGGGAAGUGCUCGGCGCAGGAAUACGAAAUUAUGAAAGACAAUUUGCUCCUGUAUAGCCACGCCAGGUUGAUGGCCGAAGAUAAUCACAGCAAGGAGUAUUUAGUCAGCAUCAUGUUUUCUCAUUACGAUCGAAACAAUGACGGUAACUUGGAACGGGAGGAGCUCGAGCAGAUCGCCAGGGAGGAGAACAUGCAGGAAUUGUGCGCGGGGUGCAACCUGAGCCACAUGAUCAGCUACGAUGACACUGACGGCGACGGCAAGCUGAACGUUAACGAGUUUUACAUGGCCUUUAGCAAGCUUUACAGUGUAUCGGUGGUAUCGCUGGACAAAUCCCUCGAAGUAAAUCACAUAUCCGCGCGAGUCGGAGACAACGUGGAGAUUAAGUGCGACGUUACCGGGACACCACCCCCGCCCUUGGUCUGGCAGCGUUACAGCACGGACGUGAAGACCCUCAGCGAGCCGGAGAUCCGCGUCUUCAACGACGGCAGUCUCUAUCUGACAAACGUGCAGCUGGAACACGCGGGUAAUUACACGUGCCAUGCUCUCAGGAAUCAGGAUGUAGUGCAAACGCAUUUGCUCACUGUAUACACCAUACCUGAUGUGAGGGUGACACCACAAUUCCAAUCCAAACGGCCGAAGGGAACGGCGAAAAUGAGAUGCCAUGUGGUAGGCGAGCCUCUGCCACGGGUGCGGUGGUUGAAGAACGACAAACCCCUGAGCGAGGAUCAGCCAGACAAGUACGAGGUGAUCGGGAACGGUACGAAGUUGCUGAUCAGAAAGGUGGAUUAUGCCGACACUGGGGCGUACAUGUGCGAAGCAACCAGCGCCGGGGGAGUUACACGUGAUAUUAGUAGUCUAGUAAUCCAGGAACAACCUACCCCAAUCGCAACGGACGAGGAGCGCAGAUUCUUCUCCUUUCACGAGUGGGGUAUUUUAGUGUACGAGCCAUCCACAUGCCGCGCGUUGCACGAGAUCCAAUCCACAGACAUCAUACCUGGUACCCAGGAGUACGUCUGCGGGCCUAAAAACGUCCCAUGCUCUUGGGGACGUGCCAUAAACGUCGCUAACAGAUACGUGUACGUCAGCCAACCGGACAAGGAUCGCGUGCUCGUGAUCAGCGAGGUGCAGAUGAUGAUAAUCGAUGUAGUAGCUACAGACAAGAAUCCCGUCGAUCUGUGGUACGUGCAAAAUUUCGAUUACGUCUGGAUACUGAACUGGCGAAGCGAGAUAGACGUCAGCAUCAAGACCGUACAAAUAAUCAAGGAAGCUGCUCAACGCAAGAAACACCAUACCAUACGACCGGACCCCAUCGACGCGCAAUUCGAUCUCGUGAAAGGCCUAUACAUUCCGCAACAGCGUGAUACGAAACAUACGUUUAAAUACGGCUACGUGACCCAUGCGAAUCAGCAUGGGAUGUACAAACUCAAUCUGGCUGACACGAGGUAUACUCGUACCGUAAAUCUGGCCAGCUACAACUGUGUACCAACAAGCGUGGAAUUUUCCGAUCUUUACGGCUUUGUAAUAUUGGAAUGUGAGGAGCCGAUCACCGGACGUCCGACUGGUCAAGUACUAUUGGACUAUCUCACUGACAGCGUUCUCGCCCACAAACCAAACAUCCUCGGAAAACCAGCAAUCUCUCCAGAUUCUAGAUAUCUGGUUACUCUCGACAAGCAAGAUACCGGCGUUACCCUUGUGGUGCAAGAAAUACUACCAAGCGGACUAAAAUUUGCGUUCGACGUGAAGACGACUUUAAACAUUAGCGAUAUUGCUUUCUAUCCGUCGCAGACGACGCAUAGCUACGACAUUUAUGCUUCCUCGAUAGACAAAGAAGACAUUCUCUUUCUUGAUUUAACUACUGGUAAAGUGGAAAUGAUAACAGGCGUGGGAAAGGCUACACCGCCGCAUCUCACCAAAUGGGGCAACCCAAACAGGCCGAUAAUACAAAGCGGCAUAUUUGGGCGAUAUAUGGUAAGCCCUUCCAAUCAAGCACUCUUUGUUCUCAACGGAGAGACUCGUACGGUGAACUGCGAGAUUGGUGGCCUUAUACAUCCCGGCGCGAUUGUUUGGUUCACUGUUUCACUGCGUUAACGAGCGUAGCUUCGCGACGACGACAAUACGAGACGUACGUAUAUAAAUUGAACAUAGGGAUUAUACCGAGCGGAUACACCGUAGCCAGUAUCGGAAAACUUUAGAAACUAAAAUUGAAAAUAACUAGAUAUAUAUGUAUAAUCAACGUCAACGAAUGUGCCUUCACCUUUUUUACGUUCUCAGAGCGAAUGUAUCACAAUGUUUCUGGAUUGUUACAAUUUCUGUUACAAUUGCAAAAGAUGAAAAGAAAAUAGCAAUGUCCGAUCCGAAAAUGUCAACAUAUGAUCAACAUGGUAUUAGAAAACAACUAUAGCAUGUCGUGCUAAUUUACAUAUUGCAUUUAUAUUUUAUACUUUUAAUCCAUAUCACAUUAAUUGAUAUACACAUUGCGAUUAUUAUACAUGUAUACUCCUUUAUAAAAGGAUUUUUAAUUAAUUCCUUUUAAUUUCGAAUAUUAAGGAUUUAUAGAGAUUUAUAAAGAGAAUUUCUACAAUAACAUCUUCCAGAAUGUUAUGAUAUAAAACAAAUAUGAUACAGGAUAGAUUUAACGGAGACUGUCAUGCUGUAAUAUUUUCCACGCAUGUACGAGAAAAGAUCUCGCAAUUAUUCUAUUUUGAAAACAAUUCAUGUUCGUAGAAUUGUAAUAAUUAUCGAAAAUAGAGAAGUAGAGAUAUUGUUAUCAAUACAUAUCACAAAUAUCAACUGCCAACAUAUAUUACAUAUUCUGUGUGCGGAUCUCAUUGCUGUUUCACCGAUAUGUAUACGAUCGCGCUAUACGGAUAAUUUCAAUAAAAAAUUCGAAACUAUGUGUAUUUUCAGCGAUGCCGAAUUUCGAUGUAAAUAUUGGAAAAUAAUUUGUACUUCUAUCGAUAUACGCAGCAACGCGCAAUUACUUUUUAAAACCGAAUUACCUGAUAUUAUAAUUACAAUUUGCAAUCUAAAUAUGAUACAUUCUUAAAAUGUUGAUCUGGAAAAGGUGAGGGCACUACAUAAUAAUGUUGAAUGAAUGAAAAUAACGAGCGAUGGAGAACAUAAACGACGAAAAAAUGGCCAUAAUAAGAAAAUGCAAAGAUAAUAGUUAUAAUAAGCUAUACCUAACACACGGAAACAUAAUAUACACAGGAGAUAAGCUAUUAAUAAAUGUAUAAGAAAAAGAGUACGCGCAUAUUGAAUAGGGUAGAUGCACCAGUGAAAAAGAUUAGCUGGUUAAGGAAAUGCUAUUAAAGAAUUUCUUUCAACUUGUAGACGUGAAGUUUAAGAAAUCUAGAGAUAAUAGAACACACAAUGUAAUUAUUUAGCGCUGCAAGAACGCUGACACACCUACAAUAUAUCAAAUUCGAUUGGCGCAUAGUUCCUUAUGCGCCUCUGCUAUCUGGCUGAAAAUGAGGUAGUAGUGUGAUUAAUAGUCAAAUGUUACGUACUUUUUCAGAUGAGAGUGUAUUAGACGAAGUUUUUAUUUUUAAACAGAACUUAAUGACGGAUAAAGUAAAAUUAUUUGUAAAUAAUACUGUUUAUAACAGCAAAUUAAACCAAUUUUUAUUUUUUAAUAUAUUUCUAGUAUUUUCGAUUUAAAUUAUUUAGUAUUUCCGAUGCAAAUACAUUUUACCUCCAUGGAUGAGCUUGAUAAAUUUCACUCAUCUUAAUUGAUUAAUCUUGUUUGACUUGUAUGAUAGUCUUGCAGCGUAAGCAUCGAUGCUUUUAAAUGAGUUCUUUAGAAAUGAUUAAAAAAGAGAGUCACAAAUGACAAAUUCUUUCCGCAAUCCGAGAAAGUUAUUGUAGUACGACGAUGUUUUUUCUUUGUACCAAAGGGAAACUCAGAGUUGACUUUACAGUUCGUUAAAGUUUCCCGAUUGCGAUCAAGUUACAAUUUAACGUGUCCCGACGACUUAGAAGCAGCUCGCAAAGAGAAACGUUUAGCAUAAUUACAACACUAUCAUGCUGAAUUAUGAGCGCGAGUGUACGUUGGACUGCGAUUAGUAUCUUGUGAUAUAUAAAAAAUAUUGCGAUAUGACUAUAUAUAAUUUAAUAAAUAAUCCA